AGAAAAAGGAACAUAAUAAGGACGUGUCUGAUUGAGUAGUGGUCAUCUACGACAAAACGUCAGACUCUUCACCUUGGUUUAAAAAAAAAUAAUCUGUUCUUUCUUUGUGGGAGUGUGUCCUUGGUCCUGUGAAGGCAUUCUUACCAGGAAGUCAUGGGUAUUGUCCUGCAGCAAAGCUAUAACAUCAGCACUGGACACAGCUCAGUGUCGGACCCCGGUGUGCUUCCCCGGGCGGUUCACACCGCGGCAGCCAUGUUUCUCGGGUUCAUUCUGGUACUAGGCUUCCUUGGUAACUUCCUUGUGCUGCUGGUGUUCUCGCGUUUCCCCGGGUUGCUCACUCCCGUGAACCUGCUGCUGAUCAACAUCAGUGCCAGCGACAUGCUCGUCUGCAUCUUUGGGACACCCCUCAGCUUCGCGGCCAGUUUGCGUGGCAGGUGGCUGACCGGGUCCUCUGGGUGCCGCUGGUACGGUUUCUCAAAUGCAUUUUUUGGUAUAGUAUCUCUGGUGUCUCUCUCUCUGCUGUCCUUUGAGCGGUACUCUGUGCUGCUCCACAGCCCCCCCUCAGACUCCUCUCAGUACUGCAGAGCCAGGCUUGCUGUCGGUGCCUCCUGGCUUUACUCACUGGUAUGGACUCUGCCACCACUGCUGGGCUGGAGCAGCUAUGGGCCGGAGGGUCCUGGCACCACCUGCUCCGUCCAGUGGCACCAGCGCUCGCCUGCAGCUCGCUCCUACAUCAGCUGUUUGUUCAUAUUCUGCCUGCUGUUGCCACUGCUGCUCAUGACCUUCUGCUACGGGAAGAUCCUGCUGGCUGUGCGAUCGGUGGAGAGACAGGUCACCAGGAUCAACCGGCCCUCAGCUGAGAGGAGGGAAGGCCGUGUCCUUGUAAUGGUGGUUUCCAUGGUGACAGGCUACAUAUUGUGCUGGAUGCCAUACGGCGUUAUGGCGAUGCUAGCCUCAUUUGGGCGGCCGGGAGGGGUGUCGCCUACUGCCACUUUAAUACCAACCCUGCUGGCAAAGACCAGCACAGCCAUCAACCCGGUUAUAUAUGUGCUGCUCAACAAUCAGUUCUCCAGGUGUUUAAUGUACAUAAUCAGAUGCAGCGCAGAAGACCCACCCACCCCAGUUCAGCGCACCCUGCCCAGCAGCAUGGCUGAGAGGCGUCACACUCCCCGAUCACCAACAAACGAACAAAACACAGAGGCUGCCAUGUUCACAUCCACAGAUGAGCAGGAACAGAGGCCUGCUCUGGGGCCAGUGGUCCAACAUGCAACAUAGAGGUCAAAUGUCCCUUUAGCCCUAUGAUCAGUUUGUUUUGAAUUAAUUUGACCUCUUUUUAAGAAUUCAAUUCAAGAUUCAAGAAGUUUUAUUUAUCCCGAGGGAAAUUGAGGUGCAACAGUUCAAUACAAAGAAGGAAGGAGAAAUAUACACUCAAUAUAACUAAACUACUAAAUAUACAUAAAAUAUUACUAAAUAUAAACUAAAAUAACUAAGUAUAAACUAAGUAUAACUAAAUAUAAACUAAAUGUACCAACAAUAACAGCAGCUUUGCAAAUAUGAAAUAGUGAAAUAGUUACAGUAACUACGUAGGUAUAUACAAUAUACAACAAUAGGUAUAGUGCAAAUGGCAGUACAGUAAUAAGAUAACUAAUAAAACUAAGCUGAAUACUAAAUACUAAAUAAAGUGACAUGUGAAAGUGACAGUAAAGUGAAAUGACAGCAUUGCGAUGAAAUAAAGGAAGAAAGGACUUCCUGUGGCGUUCUGUGGUACACCGGGGUGGAAUGAGUCUAUUGCUGAAGGUGCUUCUGUAUGAGGUCAGCACCUGGUGGAGAGGGUGAGCGUUGUUGUCCAUGAUAUUAUACAGCUUGCGCAGCGUCCCCCUCUCAGACACCACCAGCAAAGAGUCCAGCUGCACCCCCAGGACAGAGCCAGCCUUCCUGACGAUCCUGCUGAUCUUGUUGGCGUCUGCUGACCUCAACCUGCUUCCCCAGCACGCAACACCAAAGAAGAUGGCGCUGGCUACCACCGACUGGUAGAACAUCUUCAGCAUGGUGUUACAGACGUUGAAGGACCGGAGCCUCCACAGGAAGUAGAGUCGGCUCUGGCCCUUCUUAUACACAUACAAUUGGAAUUAGGGAUUGUUUUUUUUAUCUUAUUGUAGAAACGUCAAUAUGUUUGGCUGAAGUUGUUGAAUAGUGGACCAAACUGCGUAAUUGUUUAAUAUCUGUAACUGUUUUUCCAUGCAGUAUUCGUAUUCCUCAUAGUCUGAGUAUAGCUGUACACUUUAUUACCUCAGUCCAUUAUUAAACCUUGCAUCAGCUGUAACUCAUUGUGGUCAAAUCAUAUGGUUAUACAAGUUUAGUUUAAACUACUUUUUGAUUUAUAUUUGUAUUCAACACUGUCUCAGGGU